AUGGUAGACAGUGGAACACAGAAUAGAGAGGCCAAUGAACCCAUUGUAAAACCUGCAGCUGUGAUGGAUUACAACUUCGAUGUGCAGUUAGUGGACAAAUGUGACAUGCAGAUUGGAUUUGCUGAUAGUAUUCGCAAGAGUGCACAGCUGCAGCAGCUGACAGUGAUCAGCAGCAGCACGAUGCUACAGCAGCAGCAGACGUUACAGCAGCAGCAGACGGUUCUACACCAGCAGCUCAGACUGACGGUGGGGAAAAAGCAGCGCACUACAGUGCUACAGCCACAGCAGACGAUUACAGCGCACGACGAUGCUACGCAGCAGCGACGGGACCAAAGCAGCAGCGCAGCUUACCACCAAAAAACGAUUUCAGAAAACAGUACAGUGGUACUUAAAUUUUAUUAUUUUUUGUCAGAAUAUCAGCUUAGCAAAGAAGUUAGUGUUGUUGAUGAUGUUGGAACACCACUGGAAGUAUACCGAGACUGGGUUGCUCCUAACAGACCUGUUAUAUUCAGAGGAGCUGUCAGAGACUGGCCAGCCAUCAAGAAGUGGACCUUUGACUACCUUAGAGAACAAAUUGGCAGUAAGAGUGUGAGUGUUGCUGUCACUCCUAAUGGUUAUGCCGACGCUCCCUACAAUGGAUAUUUUGCCAUGCCAGAAGAGCGCUCUAUGAAGUUCAGCACUUUCCUUGAUAUAAUGGAGGAUCCCAAAAACUACCCAGGGGUGUUUUAUGUGCAGAAACAAAACUCCAAUUUUACCACAGAGUUCACAGAGCUUCUUGCUGAUGCAGCUCCAGAUAUACCAUGGUUCACUCAAGCGCUUGGUCAACCUCCUGAUGCUGUGAAUUUCUGGAUGGGUGACCAACGGGCUGUUUCAUCAA